ACGUCGUUAGACUCGAGUUCGGUCAAAACACCGGAACCAACCUGUCGGUGGAUUUCAAUAAUUAAACAUGGAAUGAGGUUGAAAAGUUUAGUUUGUUUUCCUAGUUAAAAUUACUUAGGAGGACAUUUCCGCGACAGGUUUCAACAAAAUAUCUGAGCCCGCACUAUAUAUACCACACAUUGUAAAAGGUUGAGAGACAAUGAAGCAGAGCAAUGGAUGUUCUAACAAUAGCCUCAACUCUCACCAUUUCCAAACCCUUUCAAACGCUUUCACUCCCAAAGAUACACCACGCACCACCUCCUCCUCCCACGCGCUUCUCGGUUUCAUGCAGAGCCACGAAGCAGCAGCUUCGAGGUGUGGAAGACAACCUGUACAAGAUUCUAAGUUUGAGUCCCAACAGCGCCACCACCGACGACAUAAAGAAAGCGCACAGAUCAAUGGCUCGUCAGUACCACCCCGAUGUGUGCCAUGAUAGUUCCAGGAAAGAGGAGUUGACGAGGAUGUUUGUGCAACUGAACGCGGCUUACACCACCUUGUCCAAUCCAAGGCUUCGAGCAGAGUAUGACUACGAACUGGGUUUGAGAAGCAGAAUGGGCAUUGGUGACGAGAGUUGGAGAAUGAGAUGGGUGGAACAACUCGCCGAGUUGAAGAGAAGAUCUCACAAGCGUAUGCAACGAAAUCGUGGAUCGUGGAGCACCAGAGUCAGAGCACAAACCGUGAACUCAAAUUAGUGUAUUUUUCAUCUCGUGUUCUUCGAGGAUUCAACAUUUUAGGAAUUUUUUUUUUCUUGAGUUUAUUCAAGAACAGUACUACGUUGUUAUUAUACUAUUGUACAUUAUCCAUAUCUAUUUGUUCUAAAUAAUCCCAAUCGAUACAUCAGAAAA